GUACAAAUGAAAAAGAUGAAGUAACUGACAAGAAAGAGCAGAGCUAUGAAGAACCCAGUGUUGCCAGUGAUAAUGUCAGUUCCGAUGGUGAUGAAGGAACCCAACCAGAAGAAGAUGGUAUGGAACCUGAUGAAGAGGACGAAAAUGUCUCAAGCAACCAAGAUAAUGAAAAAGAAGUUAAUACGUUUCCCUGCCAGGAAUGUGAUGAGCAGUUUCCAACACCAUGGGACUACGAUAUUCAUUUCUAUACCAAGCAUGCACCACAGCCUAUUCCCCUUGGUGAACCAGAAACUGCUAAACGAGGUAGACGUAAGCGAAAACUUCGUAAGAGCCCCAGAAAAACAAAAAAAGAGGGCUUAGUAGAUGAUGCUGAUACGGUCACAGACAGCAAAUCAAAGCACAUAUUUCGAUCCAAGAGGUUGUGUGCCAAGUAUGGUUCUUUUGAUGAAGUCCUCAAUAGAGAUUGUCCUGAAGAAAUACGUGACAUCAGUAUGGUGUUGAAAAAGGCAAAAAAGAAAGUCAAAACAAAAGUACCACCUACCACUGCCCAGGGUUCACAAAGUGAACCUGAUGACAACCAAAAUGAUAACCAAGAGACCAAUAAUUCCCAAAAUAAUAACAAAGAAACCAAUGAUGAUACAGAAGAUAGUGCUGCUGAUGGCGGUGGAAAUACUGCUGAUGGUUGUGGAAGUACUGCUGAUGGCAGUGGAAGUGCUGCUGAUGGAGGUGGAAGUACUGCUGAUGGCAGUGGAACUGUUGAUGAGCCAGAAACUACACAACUUAUUGAAGUUGAAGUUUACGAUGACAGUGUUCCAAAGAAGAAAGGACGCCCAAGAGGUAAAAGUGGAGGCCGAAUUAACCACAGAUCAUAUCCAUGCCGAAUCUGCUCUGAACAGGUAUAUGGACAUGAUUUCAAAAGUCACAUGCAGAAUGUACAUAAAUUGAAUUCAGAAGUAAAAUGCCUAACAUGCAACAGAAUCUUCUAUAGCCAAGACAUGCUUCUAGAACAUGUUGAACGUCAUCGAGCACACAACUUGAAGAAAUACAUCUGCUCCAUAUGCGGCAAGAAUCUGAAAAACAUCUACACGCUUGAAUACCAUGAAAAGUCGCAUUCAAAACCUGAGCAGUGUUCACUGUGCCCAAAAUCAUUCACAACGCCCGGCACUCUCAAACGCCACAUGGUCGUACACACACAAGAAACGCGUUUCAAAUGUAAGUAUUGUCCGAAAGAAUUUUACCAUUCAAACAAUGUGUGAAACAUGAAGCGUCACAUCAGGAAAAGACA